AUGCUUGUCUAUUUGCUCUCAGUAGCUGUGCUGCUGCUCAUUCUCGAACCUCUAUUUACGUAUUAUUGGGACUCUAAAAAGCUUCGCCGUUUCCCCAAUGCUAGUUUCUUAUCUGGAAUAUCCGAUGUGGGCUACAUCCUUCAGAGAUACCGUGGGUUUCGCUCAAAGGAGAUUCACGAAAGUCACCUGCAACAUCUAGUUGUCCGUGUUGGCCCCAAUUCUCUUUCAUUCUCCACGCCUGAUGCCAUCAGAGCUAUUUACGGACACAGCACCCCAUGUCUCAAAGGAGGCACCUAUGUAACAGCAGCUGGUACACAUCCAAGCCUGCUCGACGUCGUGGAUAAGCAAGAACAUGCUCGUAAGCGCAGGAUCUUAUCGCAUGCCUUUGCUACCCGGAAUCUUGAACAGUGGGAGUUCAAAGUCACAGACAAAGUUCAGAAGCUUGUCGCACAGUUUGAUCUCCUGUGCCAUGACAAACAAGAAGCGAUUGUUGACUUUCGAAUGUGGAGCAAUCUCUUCACGAUUGAGGCUAUUGCGGACAUUGCACUCAGCCAUCAUCUUGGUUGUCUUACUCAAGGGAGCGACCUUGUCACAAUAACCACUAAAGAUGGUGAGAAAGCGGUGAAUUAUAUCGACUGCCUUCACUCCGGAAGACGGGCAACCUCAAUGUUGAUCUGGUCAACGAAAUGGUUUUCGUCUUUACGAUUCGUCUCAAAAAGGCUUCCAGGUUUCUUCCAGACCCAGUGGCACAAAGGCCAAGGCUUUGAUGAGAUGGUACGGUAUCUCGUUCAACAGCGUCUUCGACGACACGAAAACGGAGAGCAAUUGGAAGAUUUUGUGGGAUGUCUCUUUCAAGAUAAGCAUGGAGACGCUCGAAACCUGGAGAUUGCCGAGAUUGAAGCCGAGGUGGCGACAUUGUUGGAUGCAGGAUCCGAUACAACUGCGAUUUCUCUAACUCACGCUAUGUAUUUCUUAAUGAAGACUCCAGCAGCAUUGUCUCGACUACGCGACGAAUUGCGGGUUGCAUUGGAUGGUAGCCAAGAAAUCGCCAAAUAUGCUACCGUGAAGAAUCUACCGUAUUUAUAUGCUUGCAUCAAUGAGUCGCUGAGGCUGUUGCCGCCAGUUGCGUUCGGCUUGAACCGCAUGACGCCGCCUGAAGGGCUCAUGAUUGACGGCACCUGGAUCCCCGGAAACACUCUUGUGGGCGUCCCAGCAUACACGGCGAUAGAACAAUAUCAGCCGGAAAGAUGGUUGGAAGAUGGCAUCAAGGAGACACAGGGGACAUUUAUCCCUUUUAGUACGGGGGCCAGAGGUUGUAUCGGCCGAAACAUUAGCUACAUUGAGCAAACGGUGCUUUUGGCGACUCUUGUUCAGCGCUAUGAUCUCAGUCUGGUGGAUCCUGAGGGGAAUUUGGAUCACGAGGAAGCAUUCAAUCUUUGGCCUGGGCCACUGCCAUUGAAGAUCAGACGUAGAGAGAAUUGUUGA